AUGGAGGAGACACUGCUAUUGCAAAUUGGAUCUACUGAAUGGGUUGAGCACAACCUUGUGAAUCUGGGAUCUAAAGCUGUAGCUCACCUUAAUGUGGAUUGUGCAGUUCAAGGUCCUGGCUUCUUUGCUGGUGCAACUCCUCAGUUAGACAAUCUCCUUGUUGAGGUCACAAAGAAGGUGGAUCACGUUAAAGAUCCUGACUCAAAGGACGUGUCACUAAAUGAGAGGUGGACAACUACUAACAAAAGAGUCAAUACUAAUUCAGAUGAGUUCAUUUUUCUGCAUCCUAAAAUUUCUCUAGGAUUCCAUGACAUUUGUAGUGUAAGACGAAGUCAGAUGGAUAAAAGUUGGAUAAAUCAGCAUAGGUUGCAUCCAGAAUAUAUAGAUGGGGCUGAGGAAUUUGUUAAACUUGCAUGCCAAAAUAAUCCUCUAUCAAAUGAAGUCACAUGUCCAUGUAAACAGUGUCGGAAUGUCAAACUAGUAAAGAAAGACCUUUUGGGGGAACAUUUAAUGGUCAAUGGGUUUCUUCCAAGCUACACCAGACGGAUUUUUCACGGGGAAGAUUUACCGGCGUCUGUGCCAUUAAAUGAGAAUGUCAGUGAUUCGAAUGAUGGCGAUGAAGUCAAUAAAAUGAUAUAUGAGGGGUUCGGACUUCCUCCACCAAGCUUGGUUCAUCUUGCUAGUAAUGAGACAAGAAGUUCUAAUAUCGAACUAGGCCCGGAUAAGAAAACUGAAAGAUUUUUCAGUUUAUUGAAGGAGGCCAAAAGAGAGUUGUAUCCAGCGUGUCACAAGUUUUCAACGCUGUCAUUUGUUGUUCGAUUAUUGCAUAUCAAAUGCCUUAGUGGAUGGAGCGACAAGUCUUUCACGAUGUUGCUUAAACUUUUGAAGGAUGCAUUCCCAAAAGGUGAAACUUUGCCAAAGUCGUUCUAUGCAACGAGGGCACUCCUUAGGGAAUUGGGCCUCGAUUAUCACAAGGUACAUGCAUGCCCAAGAGAUUGCUCACUGUAUUGGAAGGAGACAGCUAGUAGGGAUGAUUGCAUAGUGUGUCAGACGCCUAGAUACAAACAGUUUGAGGGUGAGAAGAAUGAUUAUAAAAAGAAGCAACAAAGAAUUCCCCAGAAGAUUGUGAGAUACUUUCCUUUGAUUCCAAGGCUUCAAAGAUUGUUCAUGUCAUCCAAAACUACUUCAUUAAUGAGAUGGCAUGUAGAGGGCCGAAUUGAUGAUGGCAAAAUGAGACAUCCUGCUGACUAUCCUGUCUGGAAAAAUUUUGAUACUUUGUAUCCCAAGUUUGCGAGUAAGCCUCAUAAUGUCAAACUAGGUUUAGCAGCGGAUGGAUUUAAUCUAUUCAAGGCAAUGAAUGUUGCUCACAGUAGUUGGCCAGUUAUUGUAAUGCCUUAUAAUUUGCCACCGUGGUUGUGCAUGAAACAACCUCAUAUGAUGAUGAUAUUGCUCAUUGAUGGUCCUUCUUCACCUGGCAAUAACAUUGAUGUCUACUUGCGCUUGUUAGUGGAUGAACUGAUUGAAUUGUGGGAAAAUGGUGUUCAGACGUACGAUACAGAAACUAAUCAAAUGUUCCAAUUGCACGCGGUCUUACUGUAG